GUUUUGUUUUUACUAUCUUUUCCUUGUGAUUGUGGUGAUUCAAUUUUGUAAAUAUUUUGGCCAUAGUACUUUUGAAUUCUAGCGACAUGGCUGGGCAUGGGCAUAGUCAUGGGGGUCAUUGUGAACAUGAAUCUGAAGAACAGCCGUCUGAUUUGGGUAUUGCUUAUAGUCUGUAUACUAAAAUAGAUACUGAAAACGUGCAGUGUUUAAACGAAGUUGUAGAAGGAUCCGGCAAAUGGGUUUUCAAACCAUGGGAAAAGCGUUUGGAAACUGACAAAUUUGUUGAAAGUGAUGUUGAUGAAGAACUUUUAUUUAAUAUUCCGUUUACUGGAAUAGUAAAGCUCAAAGGUAUAAUAGUUCUUGGUGGUGAAGACACAACACAUCCCUCAAAAAUGAAACUGUUCAAAAAUAGACCAAAUAUUAAUUUUGAUGAUGUAAAUACUGAAGCUGAUGAAGAAUUUGAAAUGCAGCCUGAUUUAGAUGGAACAUUAGAGUAUCCUAUAAAGGUAGUGAAAUUUCCCAAUGUUCAUCAUCUAACAAUAUAUUUUCCAAAGAAUUUUGGUGCUGAAAGAACAAAAAUUUAUUAUAUAGGUUUGAAAGGAGAAUAUACAAAACCUCCACGGCAGGAAAUAACUCUUGUUACUUAUGAAGCUACUCCUAAUCCCUGUGAUCAUAAAACUGAAGCUUUUAAUCCUGUUCCUCAUGAGAUACGAUGAAAGCAUAGCAGCAUGGGCUUAAUUUAUUGUUUGUAUGCUGUUUAUAUACACUCUUUGUGUUUGUUAUUUUGCAAUAACAUUUUGUUACACUUUUUCUGUU